AAGUUGGAGAAAUAAUAUAACCAUACAUGGCAUCAAUAUUCAUAACCAGAAACGCAAUGGCAGCAAUGUUCAUAACAAGAACCACCGUCUUCCGCUGCUACACCAAAUCAUCAUCACUCUCCCUCAGAUUCUCCCACAGACCCUCCUCCAGGAUCGUCUUUGCUUCUGCCUCCAAUAACUACUCAGACUGGAGAAAUGCAGCAGAAGGACCUGGAGAGAGAUCAAGAAGUGAUAAUUGGUCGUACGAUGGUACGAAAGCAAGACGCGAAGCAGAAGAGAGCGCAGAGAGAGCGAGAGAAACGAUGAAGGAAGGCGUGGAUAGAGCAAAAGAAGGAGCACAAGAGAUGAAGGAGAGAACGAAAGAGUAUACUCAUGAGGCGAAGGAGAAGACGAAAGAAGGCGCAGAGGACGCCCAGGAUGCAGCUGCAAGAAUGGCGGAGACGACGAAGAACGCGGCUGAUCGGAGCGGCGAGACUCUUAGGAAUGUUGGUGAGAAGGCUAAGGAGACUGUGCAAGGUGCUUGGGAGGCUACCAAAGACACCACCAAGAAGAUCAAGGAUACUGUCGUUGGAAAGAAUUAUGAUGACGACGACGAUGAUGAUGAAGAAGCGCGUGGUGUGUUGGGUGAUGAUAUUGCAGAUUUGAAGAGAAAAGAAGAUCGUAAGAAUAAGGGGUAUAGUGACACCUAGAAUUGUCAAUUAAUUUAAAUUAAUUAAUAAGUUUAAUAUUAGUAUUUUACAGCAUGCAAGAUAUAUAUGUAUCAAGUUUGUUUAACUCUUUCGCUUGGAAUAAGAAUUUAGAUAGUCUUAUGUAUACGGACACUAUAUACAAUAAAUCACCAUCUUA